CAGAGUGAGUUUAGACUACGUCGUCGUGAGAGAUGUUUUGUUCUUCGAGGUGACCUCCGGCAACCGGCACACUGGAGCGUAGCAGACGACAAAAACCGAAAUGUAAACAGACACAUCACCAAAUAAACCAAAACAAAAAAACUGAGAUAGGUAUAUCUUGAGCGAGAAAAGGUGUAGCCAAAAGUCAAAAGUGGUGGUGUUGACAUGUCUUACCUGGGAUCUCUGAUGUCCAAUCCACAUGUUGGAACGCCGCUACCUGAUAAUGGUGGAAAACAAGAAGACGCUGUAAUAGUAAAAGGCGUUUAUGAUUACUUUCAUUACAACUGUGAUGGCUUUAAUGAUGUGGGUUGGGGCUGCGGCUACAGAACUCUCCAAACUAUAUGCUCAUGGAUUUUACGAAGUCAGAACAAAGAGUAUUCCCAAUCUUCCGUUCCAAGUAUUCCUGAGAUCCAGAAAAUCCUCGUAGAUAUUGGAGAUAAGCCAGAAAAUUUUUAUUGUUCACGUGAAUGGAUUGGUAGCAUUGAGGUGGGAUAUGUUCUUAAUAAGUUUAAUGUGGAUUUUCGUAUACUUCAUGUGACUGGGAAUUGUGAUUGGGCGCCUCAAUUAGGAAAGCUCUCUCAACAUUUUCAAGAAGGAGGUUGUCCAGUAAUGAUGGGUGGCAAAACUGAUGCUGCAGCAAAAUGUGUCAUUGGAACUUACAAAGAUGAUCAUCUACUAAUUUUGGAUCCUCACCUUACAGGCCGGGCUUCAAUGACCAGAAAAUUGAUAUCGUGGCAUUCUACAAAAGACUUUCCAACUGGUCUCGACAACUUUUACAACUUGUGUAUUCCACUUCUACAGUGGCAAUCCUGAAUCUCAAUAAAGAAAUAUUUCAAUGCACAUGGUUGACUUCUUAAAUAGGUAAUUUAUCAGAGACCCUAUGACAAAUGUUAUUUUUUAAAUUUGUUACACAUAUAUUUCUGUGUUUGAGAUAGUUUUAAGAUGAUUCUAGCCAGAUGAGAAUUGCAAUCAUUUGGGACUGUUGUUAUGAUAAAAGUUUGUUGAUGUUGAUAAUGUCUAUCGAUCAUAUAUCUACACCACAUGAUUGUCUCCAGGGUGUAAAAAAUCUGAUCUCCUGUAUGUGAAGUAUAAAAAGCUGAAAAAGUAGGAAAGUAGUGGGACAUUUCCAUAGAUCA